UGGGGCCAGACUGGGAGCGCUCCUGGUUCCAGUAAUCGCCCCAGAAUCGACCCCUGGUUCCGUAGAAACGCCUCCCACUGCUGGGAAACCGAAACCUUCCAGAGAGCUUAAAAAGCCGCAGCUUCCUAAUCGCCUCCAUUUUAACUCAAAGUCUGCGGAAGGAGACUUUCUGCUCCCACAGCCCGGUUCUGGUGUCGGUUCUGCUCCCACAGCUCGGUUCUGGUGUCGGUUCUGCUCCCACAGCUCGGUUCUGCUCAUGGCUUUCAACCAGUCUCCGUUCUACAACCCGCCGAUCCCUUUCACCGGAUCGAUCCACGGCGGCCUGCAGGAGGGGAAGUCCAUCAUCAUCAGCGGACGCGUCAUUCCAGGCGUGGACAGAUUCCAUGUGAACCUCCAGUGUGGCUCCAGGAACGGAGCGGACAUCGCCUUCCAUUUUAACCCGCGAUACGACGGACAUCCCUACGUCGUCGCCAACAGCUUCCAGUACGGCAACUGGGGCUCCGAGGAGAGGAAGCAGAACGUGCCGCUGCCCGCCGGCUGCAACUUCACCCUGCAGAUCACCGUCAGCCGGGACUUCUACCAGGUGAGUGUGAACGGCAGCCACUUCAUGGACUACAGGCAUCGCAUCCCGUUCCAGCAGGUUGACACCAUCACAGUCGGCGGAAGGGUGGAAAUUUCCUCCAUUUCCUUCUCCACUCCAGUGCUGUUUCCGCAGCAGGCUUUCCCAACCCAGGGCGCCUUCCCAUCCUACCCCGGCUUCGCCCCCCAGCCUGGAUUCCCAGCUCAGCCUGGAUUUCCUCCAGCAGUGCCUGUUGUUCCGUACAAGAACUUCAUCAGCGGCGGGCUCCAGCCCGGCAGAACCAUCACCAUCCAGGGCGUCGUCCAGCCCAGCGCCACCAGGUUCAACGUGAACCUCACCCACCAGUCUGGCAUCGCUCUACAUUACAAUCCACGAUUCAACGAGAACGUUGUGGUCCGAAACACCAAGCAGUGGGACAAGUGGGGUUCUGAGGAGCGCGGCGGCGGCAUGCCCUUCCAUCGGGGUCAGCCUUUCACGCUGACCAUUAUCUGUGAGAACAAGUCUUUUCGUCUGGUGGUGAACGGCAUGCAGGCCCACAACUACAACCACCGCUUCACUCCGCUGCAGAACAUCACCGGCCUGGAGAUCGAAGGAGACGUCCAGCUGACCUCCGUCAUCGUUUAGGUUCUGAUCCAGAGGAGCAACAACCCUGGAUAAAAUAAGCAGGCUGUGGUAUUCACUGCCAUCUAGUGGUCAAGAUGUAGAUGGCAGCCGAAUCGUCGCUUGAAAGAUUUGUUAUGGUUCCAUCUGUGAUAAAAAUGAAAAUGUCUAAAUUGGUUUCUGUUUAUGCUUCAUUUAUUCACUUUGUUUCUGUUUUUAUGGAAUGUAAACAGCUUGUUUCUCAGAUCUGUUACUGCUCCAAAAUGUGACUUUAAACAGGAGACAGCAGCGAGUUCUUCGUCGGCCCCCUGUGGUGCUUCAGCACACAGAACGCUUCAUUCAGUAACAUCCAUUUCAUCGCUCCUUCGAACACCAAUAAAACGUGUCAAGGUUCA